AAUGUUUAAAACAACGUAUCAUAAUGAAACCGGUGGAGGGGGUGGGGAAUGAUCGCGUUUGACUUCUUUGUCUGACGUCGAAAGUCGGACGCGCUGCGAAAACCGAGCUUCCGUGAAGGCACCGGCGGGCAGUCAGCUGUCGGUUGAGAAGGAAGGUGAGUUCAGUUGCAGUAGGAUUUCGGGGCAGCAACAUCGUCUCUCAGCUCCCCUCAUCGUUUCUUUACGCGGAUACACGUUUGGAGAAAAGAUCUUUUAUGGUCCUGGCCGAAGAUUGCACGAUGUCUCGCACCGACGAGGUUCACCGAGUGACGGAAAAUGUCUACAAGACGAUCAUGGAGCAGUUCAACCCCUGCUUACGGAACUUUGUCGCCAUGGGGAAGACCUACGAGAAGGCCCUUGCCAAUGUGACAUUUGCUGCGAAAGGCUACUUUGACGCUCUGGUGAGAAUGGGCGAGCUGGCCAGCGAGAGUCAAGGAUCCAAAGAUUUGGGCGAUGUGCUGUUCCAGAUGGCCGAGGUCCACAGACAGAUCCAAGUGCAGCUGGAGGAGAUGCUGAAGUCUUUCCACAACGAGCUGCUGUCGGAGCUGGAGAAGAAGGUGGACCUGGACUCGCGCUACCUGACUGCGGCGCUGAAGAAGUACCAGGUGGAGCACAAGAACAAAGGCGAGAGCCUGGAGAAGUGCCAGGGGGAGCUGAAGAAGCUUCGCCGGAAGAGCCAAGGCAGCAAGAACCCGUCCAAGUACGGCGAGAAGGAGAUGCAGUUCGUGGAGACCAUCAGCAGCAAGCAGACCGAGCUGGACACCUUCAUCGCCGACGGCUACAAGACGGCCUUGUCCGAGGAGCGUCGCAGGUACUGCUUCCUGGUGGACCGCCAGUGCGCCGUGGCCAAGAACAGCAGCGCCUACCACGGCAAGGGUAAAGACCUUCUGACCCAGAAGAUCCCAGUGUGGCAACAGGCCUGUUCAGACCCCAACAAGCUCCCAGAGAGGGCCAUGCUCCUGGCCCAGCAGAUGGGCUCGGCCACCAUGAGCGGCACGAGCCCCCUGCACACUUCCAAAUCCAACCUGGUCAUCUCUGACCCCAUCCCCGGAGCUCAGCCCCUUCCUGUGCCCCCUGAGCUGGCCGUGUUCAUGGGCAGUGGCCUCGGGCACCAGGCGAGGCUGAUGGGCCCCGAUGGCAUGUCCAUGGUCAACGGGACAACAGGAGUCCACGGUGAGGAAUACUGGACAGAUGGGGGGAACCUAUCCCAAGUCAGGCCUUCGUCUCCGCAGACCCAAGCGCAGGUGCAGUCCCAGGCUCAGCCCCAGAGACAGGUCAGCGACGUCUACUCCAACACCCUCCCUGUUCGCAGGCCAGCCCCCGCCAAGAACAAGAACCCAGUUGGUGAGACACGGACCCUCCCCAGGUCCAGCUCCAUGGCGGCGGGCCUGGAGAAGAACGGACGCUCCCGCGUGCAGGCCAUCUUUUCGCACGCCGCCGGCGACAAUGGCACCCUGCUCAGCUUCUCCGAGGGUGACGUCAUCACCCUGCUUGUGCCCGAGGCCCGUGACGGCUGGCACUAUGGCGAGAACGAGAAGAACAAAAUGCGUGGCUGGUUCCCGUUCUCCUACACACGAGUGCUGCCCGAGACCGACAGCGAGAAGCUCAAAGUGAACCUGCAUCACGGCAAGAGUAGCAGCACGGGCAACCUGCUGGAGAGCGACGCGUCCCUGCCCACGCCCGACUACGGCCUGACCGCCCGACUGUUGGCGCAGAGUCUCGCGCAGACCCGCCCGAGGCCCUACAGCAUGGCAGGCUUUGGCACUCAGCCUGCCAUUGAGGAUUAUGAUGGUCGCUUUGCCACAAGUUUGGGUCCAGAGUUGUCCCGCUUCUGAGGGAACAGGACCUCCCGACCGCCCCAUGGAGGUCUUCCUCCGGCCCGCCUUCACCGACGACCGAUCUGCCACCAUCUUCUACUAGCGGCCUGCGAUAGCUCCUGUUUUGGCUUGUUGUUGUUUUUUCAUUUCAUACAUAAACAUCUGAGGGGGGAAAUGGCCAAAGUUUGAAUGAGUUGUUCAUUUACUUCUACGUUUGCCUAAUCUGUUAAUUUAACGACAUGACUAAAGACAAGGUAAUACUGUACAGAAAGUUGCAAUCUUAUCAGAAUGCAGUCCAAAUGUUGCGUAAAGAAUUCGUAAAUGUCAAAGACAGUUUUCUGAGAAUAAUAGUCACAAGAAAAUAUGACUUGAUUCUUGUGAUAUUGUGAUUUUCUCCCCCCACAGGAAAAAGGCCAAAGUUGCAAGUCGUUUUCUUAACUUUGAUCUUAAUUUAAUUACAAAAAUAAAGGCAUGGUAAUAAAACCCCAAAAGUCUCAAUCUUGUGAGAAUAAAUGAAAAACAUUCCAAGAAGUCACAUUUGUAUGACAAUGAAGUUGUGAUAUUACAAGAAAAAAAAAAAAAAGGUCUUCUUUUCAUGAAAAAAAACCCAUAAUGUUGGAACUCCUUUAUUUAAUAUGACAAAUAUAUUCUUGUAACAUUACAACUUAUUUUUGUACCAUUGCAACUUUUAUUCUUGUAAUUGUACGACUGUUUCACUAAACGUUCCCCCCCCCACCAAAGAAACAGAAAAAAAGAUCAACAUCAAAGCAGUGCUAAUUAACUUUAAUUUCAUUUUAACCAUGGAAAUAAAGUAAUACAGCCCAAGAUGUUGAUUAAAAAAAAAACCUCAGAAUUUUGAGUACUACAAGAAAAAAGUUGGAAUUUUACAAGAAUAAGUGCAAUAAUGUGGCAAAAAAAAAGUGGUAGUUGUCAAAGAAUGAAAUAUUCAUAUGAGGGGAAAAGUGAAUGGUAGGAGGAAAAAACAAUUUACCAGUUUUCAGGAAAAACAUUACUUUAUUCUCACAAUAUUGUGACUUUCACGUAAUUUACAAACUUAUUGCAGUAACUUUAUGAUUAUAUCCUUGUAACAUAACUUUUUUUUUCUUGUAAUAUUACGAUUUUUUUUUUUUCCGCACCAGAAACGACGACGACUUUAUUCUCAUAAUAUAGCCACCACUUUUUUUGUCACCGUUUUUUUUUUGAAAUUAUUAUUAUUUUCACAACGCCGCAUCAUUACCGACGCUUCUAUUGUGGUGUUUCUCUGGCGUGACGCUUAUAACAUUUUAGUAUUCUUCUUGACAUUAAAGAGCAGCAGCAAUGAACUUUACACGUUUAUAGUUUUUAUAAGUGAGGUGGGAGGAAAAUAUCACGAUGAUGUUUAUCGCUCACGGUAUGGAAUUGAUAUCGUCGCUGUUUGAGGUCAAAGUACGUGUAGUUGCGUCAUUUUUGACUGAGCAUCCCGGAUGGAUUUCUGUAUUCUUAACGACCAAUGAAAACACGUUUUAUUACAACGUGUCCGCAAACACUUGGCAGCUUCACGACUUCCGUUUUUGAUGGCCGUUAAAGUGGACCCCCGCGUAUUCGACGUUCGGGAUUCGCAAAUUCAACUAUUGGCGGAUUUUUGGAGGGGGAACCUAUCCCCCGUUGUUCACUUUUUAUUUUAUUUAUUUUUUUUAUAUUGACCCAAUCCUGCCUAUUUGUAUAAUUUUGGACUAUUUUUUUUAAAUGGCAAUUAAAAGGGAGCGUCAAUUAUUUGUAGAUUUUCACGGUCGUUAUCCCCCGCGCGAAUAGUAUGGGGUCCGCUGUACUUCGUUUGAACAAAGCAAGUGUUUUCGACCUCGAUUAUUCUUAUCGCCGGCAAAAUAAUCGUAAUAAUACCGUGAGAUAUUCCCACUCCUUGUAAGUAGGAGUUGUAGCUGUGCAAUUUUUAUUUUCUUUUUUUUUUGGUAGCUGGAAUGAACAUUUGGUGAAUCAAAUUGUGCUUAAAUUGCAAUAGUUUAAUUGCAUAUCCGGAGUAAUGUGGCAAUUGUGCCUUCCACUUUUUCUGUAUUUUUUUGUUACAUUUUUUUUUUUUUUUUUUUUGCUUCUUAUGUAAAGCUACUUUUUUUUUUCCAUUUUCACCAAGAUAUGACUUUACAAUAACGCUCCUUUUCUCUUUUUAAUAUCAAUGAUAUGUAGUCUGCUGGCUAGAGGAGUGAGGUGAAAUUUCAGCGCAUGCGUAAAGGAAUUAUUUUAUUAUUCUGAUCAUUUUUAUUAGUUUUGAGGGAGUGGUACGUAGCUAAUCUGAUAAGGCGCAGUAUUAAUAUCGCUUUUGGUCAUUGGUUCUCAGUAUUACACGCUCAUCUGGAUUGUGAAGCAGAACGGCUGCGCGGGUCAAAGUGCAAAAAAAAAAUAGAAAUCAAGAUUUAUUGAAUGCUAUGAUUGAGCUUAUAGGACUGUCCAAUGAAAAGUAACCGUCAAGAAUAAGUCGAUGAGUGCUUUACACUGAGGGAUUUAGGAAUCUUGCUUUUAUUGUCAUUUGGGAAGUAAGUUUCAAAUGCGUUUUUUUUGUUGUUGUUUUUUUUUUACAUUUUAAAUAGCUUUCACUUAUUUCAUUUUCCACGUUUUGUGUCUGUUUGUAUUAUACCUGUUCUGUACAGAAAGCCCAUAAAUUAUCAAAAUAAAUCCCAGUGGAUAAACUUUUAA